AUGUCUUUUGAACAAAAGGAGAAAGAAUCCAUUAAAAUCACAACCGAGAUCGAGGAAACUGCAGAAGCUUCAGAACUACAACCGACACAACAACAAAUAACGGCAAACGUUAAUGAUGACGAUAGCAACGACAACAGCGAAAAUAAAAAUAAUCACAAUGAUAGCGCACCACAAACAAGUAGUAAAUUUAAGAAGUUCGUAGUUGGUAAUGAAGAAAGUCCCGAUGAUUAUAAUUAUUCGACAUCGCAUGAAAAUGCCAAAGAUGUAGUGGAAAACCAUAGGGAUACAAAAUCAAGGUAUUACAAACCUUAUCCAGCAGAGGAAAUUGCUAAAAUUGCAGAGGAAAAAAGAAAAGCUCAACAAAUUGAGAGUGAUGAUAAAGAACCUGUAAAAGAUACGGUUAAUACUAAUCAUACGAGCGCAAUUCAAAUUCAAUCGGAAUCACAAACGCCACAACAACAAACAAUUCAGCAACCAACACCUAAAGAAGAAAAUGCCAUUAGGACGAAUUCAUUCGAAACGUCAAAACCCACAUCGGAAUCACAUCAAGCAGCAUCUCCUGUUGCCACGACAGUAACUGCUACAACACAACAACAACCUACAACAUCAGUACCUUUGGCAAAACAAUCCAUUCUUAGCACUCCAGCAGAAUCACCGGAUUCAACACCAAUUCCAUCACUUUUAGAAAAUAUUCAUGACGCUUCUUACCAUUUUCUUGCAGAUGACGAAAAUUAUUUAAUUCAUCCGCGCAAUCAAUUAAGACUAACCAAAGUUAUUGAAAGGAUCAACAGAGAACAUGCUGCUAUAUUAUUAUGCAGAGAUCCAAUUAUUGAGAGCUUACAGAGAGUUUGGCCAAAAUAUGUUCAAGAACACCCCGAGGUGCUGGAUGACGAUUUUGGUGUGGGAUAUGAGGAUGCAAAGGAUUGGGGGGGAAUAUCUGACCACGGAAAGAAUUCGGAUCAAAUCGUUUCUAAUUCAAUUAUAAAUAAUGAAUUGGGUGUUGUUGAUUCUAUGAAUUUACGUGGGAUAAGAUAA